AUGGCUGCUGCUGAUCGAGUAGAAUUAGGUACGAUGUAUGAACUUAAAAAUAGACAAAACUUGGCUGCGUAUGAACGAUUUGUGCAGUUUGAACAACUAAUGAAUAAUUAUUCAAUAAAGAAAACAGGAACAUCGCCUAAUUCAGGCGCGGGUUCCAAUCCUACUCCAUUAGGUCUAUGUGGAUUUGCUUAUACUACAUUUGUUUUAUCGAUGUACAAUGCUGGUGCCACAGUUCCUGCUAGUGCUUCUCCUGGAGUUGUUAUGGGAGCAGCAUUAUUCUAUGGUGGCUUGAUUCAACUGUUAGCGGGUCUGCUAGAAUUUCGCUUAGGUAAUAAUUUUGGUGCAUUGGCCUUUUGCUCCUAUGGAGGUUUCUGGAUGGGUGUAGCAUCACUCUAUAUAAGUAGUUUUGGUUUUUUAACUGGCUAUGACCCGACUACACUCAAUAACGCCUUGGGAGUCUAUUUCUUGGGGUGGACAAUAUUUACAGUUGCUAUGUUUAUUUCGUCACAUCGGACAAAUCUAGUAUUGGUAUCCUUGUUCUUUUUUCUUUCAAUUACGUUCAUCCUAUUGACAGCAUCGAAAUUUCAAAAUGGUGAUUUGAAACUUCAACGUGCUGGUGGAGCUUUUGGCAUUCUCACUGCAUCGAUUGCAUGGUAUGCAGCGUUUGCAAGUCUAUUAACAAAAUCAACAUCACGUUUUACAUUACCUGUCUAUAGUCUAGCUUAUGUUGAACCUGAAGUUACUGUACAUAAUAUGCAAUUAUAA